CACCUUUGUUGUUCGUGUGUAAACAAAGCUGCAGCUAAAAAAUCGGCAUAAACUACAAAAUGGAGGAUAUUUUUUGGUGUGGUAUAAUUGCUGACCUUGGCUGAGGAUAACAAAGCUCUGCAAGAAAAUGGAAAAUCUAGGAUAUUUCUGUCUGGGAAAUUCUUCCCGGUUUGGAUUAAAACUCCUCUCCAAUAAGUCUCCUGUGUUUACAGAUAACAGACUUCUGGACACGGCGUGUCUAUCAUCUACUGGAAAACAAAUACAUUAAGAUGAUACAUGAUUACUGAAAUUUGUUGGUAGAAGAUUUCACUUGUGCUGUUUAAAUGACUCUAAAGACAAUUCCAGUUUCGUCAGAAGAGACGAAACAAAAAUGGAAUGAAUUCCUUGGAACUCUUCCCUUAAAGGAGAAGAACCGACAACAGUGCUAUUAACAAACCCAGGAUCGUGUUAAAAAUCCUUACAGAUCUGUAAAUUAACGUGAAAAAAAUGAUACAGAGACCAGAAUUGAGAUUGCACUAUUCAACAUAGAACAUUUUAAUUUAAAGAUUUGUAAUAACAAAGGAGGAUGACACGGAAGAGUUGUGGAGUCGCUGAAGGUUGAUAAAACCGAUCUGACAUCAAGGUGUAUACCAUGGAUGGUAACCAGUGUCAGGUCUGUCUCAACUAUUUCAUUGACCAUACCUCAUUACAGAACCAUAUAGAGACUCAUACCAAACGUGAGUUAUAUACCUGUAUUGUGACAUUAAAAUCAGCCUUGUCGCAACUCAGACAAACCGGCCAAUGGUUCAGUCUGAGUCCUUCUGUAGAGAAAAAUGAAACCAGUAUACGAUUGGGUUUGGAGCAGGCCCGACAAACAGAGGAAAAUUUAGCCGUUCAAAUGCAGAGUAAUCUCGCAACUUCCACGCAGUCCAGUUUGGAGACAGCUGCAGCUGUGACUCUGGUGGAGAAACUAAACCGUCAAACUGAAUACCAAGAGGCGUCGUCGUCGUCACAAAUUGAAAAUCAGCAUGCAGAGGGUCUGGAUGGAGUAGACAUGUCUGGUGCUUCACCAAGUGAAUUGCAAAAAUAUGCACUGAGUAUUGGCAACGGAAAGGCGUUCAAUUGUGAUACGUGUGGUCGUGUGUUUGGAACCAGCUUCGCACUUCGUCGUCACACUAUGAGUCAUAAUAACGAACGUCCUGAUAAGUGUGACAUUUGUGGGAAAGGUUUUAUUGGUAAACAGAAUCUGGAGGUCCACAGGCGUGUGCACACUGGAGAGAAACCAUAUGCUUGUGAGGUCUGCGGGAAGAAAUUCUCACAACACGGAUCUUUGUAUAAACACCGUGAGAGGCAUGGAAGGUGCUUCAAACCCACAGAACCUGGAUCAGAACCAUACCCUAUGGACAGUGAAAGUGACUUAAAAAUGGAUGGGUCAGGAUCGUUUUCUGCAGAGGAGGGAUUAGCGAUCAGCACUGAAGGGCCAGACACCGAGGAGGAUGGUCAAGAUGAGGUCACAACACAAGUUCAAGGUCAUCCUCCAAAUUUAGAAUUAGAUCUGAGUAAGGCUGUUAGUGGUCAGAGCCAGGUUGGUAACAUUCCCAACAUGAACUUUGACCUUCCUACACAAGGGCAACCUCAAGGCCACCAACAUGGUCAUGACCAUUCACAAGGACAAGGUCAUAGUCAUUCGCAAGGUCAUACUGACAGUCAGGCACACAGUCACAUUCAUUCUCAACAAGGUCAAAUACAACCACAAGGUCGUAUUGGUGCCAUACAACACACUAGUAUGUCAAAGCAGAGCUCUUCAAUGGAACAAGUUCAGGAAAUGCCUGCUGGAAUUUUGGCUACAGAGGAAAAUGAAAAACAUCUUCAAGAUACAGAUCCAGGGGAUGUGGCUCAUGAUGAAAAUUUAAUGAAACAGAAUCUCAAAAAUGAUGAUCCCAUGCUUGCGGAAGAAGAAAUGAAGACUGAAAGUCAAAAACAGGAGGAGAUGGAAUAUCUUCUUAGCAAGAUGGAUCCCUCACAGUUGUCACCAGGUCGAUCAAAAUCUGGUGAUGACGGCCUACAGUGUAAAUUUUGUCUGAUCAAGUGUGCUUCGAUAUUUGAACUACAAUCUCACUGUAGCAAGUACCACACUGGACAGAAACCCUACCGUUGUAACGUGUGUGGUAAACGCUUUAGUGCUAGUUUCUGUCUGCGUCGUCAUAUCAUGUUGCAUACGGGAGAGAAACCACAUAGGUGUCCAUACUGUCACAAGGGUUUCAUUGAGAAACAGCAUCUACAGAGUCAUAUUAGGAUACAUACCGGAGAGAAACCUUAUAAAUGCCACGUUUGCUCGAAAAGUUUCACACAGUACGGAACGCUGCACAACCAUCUUCAGACGCACAACAAAGAGGCAUCACCAGAAUCUUUAACUUUGAAAACAGAGCUUAAAGAGUCGCCUACUCCAGAGCAAGUUGCAGCAGUAACCGUAGCACAACAAAGUACAGCCGCCUCCCAUCACCCAACAUUGUCACAUCAUCUGGCAAAACCACAGGAAAUUCCUAAGGAGUUGGAGAAUCAAAUUAACCCUGAGCUUCUUCUCAGUGGAAUGCAGGGUAUGUCAUCACUGAGUAACCCUCUGCUUCAGUUCUCACAGGCUCUUCACUUACAAAUGCAGCUUUACACUCGCGAGUUAGAGAGUCGGAAAUCUUCCAUGACACAGAUGGAAGGCAGUGACUUUGAAGGAACGGAAGGGGAAAGCAACGGAGAAAGAGGGGAGAUAAUUCCGGGAAAGUAUGGAGAAUCUACCUCAACUUCAGCACCAAAUAAGGAAGAAUUAGAAGUAACAAAGGAAGCUCCUCUAGGAAAGUUUAAAAACGCCUCAAUACCAAAUGUACAAGUGAAGAAAGAACAAGGGGAGCUGGCUACAAAUUUUGUGGAAAACGGUUUUGGGAACUCUCUGGGGCAGAUAACCGCUCCAAACGUUGAUCUGUCUGUCUUAUCUAACAAAGAACUGGAGGCUAUGGCUGCGGCUGUGACUGAUAAGAGACAUAAGUGUGACUAUUGUCAGAGUCAGUUCAACUCUCCAAUCACCCUGGAACGGCACACGCGCACACACAGAGGUCAGAAACCAUUUCUUUGUCAUUACUGUCAGAAGAGCUUCACAACCAGUUACUGUCUACGCCGACAUGUCAUGACCCACACAGGCGAGCGGCCGCAUGCUUGUCCAACUUGUGGGAAGCGAUUUAUUGAGAAACAGCAUUUGAUGAUACACACAAGAAUUCAUACAGGCGAAAAACCAUAUCAGUGUAAAUACUGCGGUAAAAGAUUCCCCCAGGGGGGAUCACUCUAUCGGCAUGUUCAGAUACAUUUAAAAGGAAAAUCAGUAAAAAUCAAAGAUGAGCCGGAUGUUUCGGACCAAUUAUCUGAGGCUAUACAGAAUUAUCAGCUAGAACAGAAGACACCAGAAUUAGACGAGUCUAGCUCUAGUACGUACAGCUCAACUCACAUGCAGUCGGCGCCGUUGGAUGCUUCCGUGUCCACACACGCUAUUUCAACCCCACAACAUACAAUCCCUUCAAGUACACACCAAGAAAAACUGGACUCUGCGUUGCUUUAUGCCCAUGAUAUUUUACGGAAUCGUCAUCUGGAUGAAAACCACCAGCCAAAUUUUCAACCUAAUGUUAGCUUAGAAAAUAAAACGGCGGAGUCUAAUAUACCAGAAGAUCUGAGUAACAUACGCUUCAUCGACUCUCAUGAGACGGCUGUCAUGGUGAAGGAAGGAACAGGCGAUAAGUCAGACGCGGCACAUAACGAACAAAGAAACAUUGAUCUGACAGCAGCAGCCUAUCAAGCAGCGUUUUCACCGACAUAUUUGAGUCAGAUUCAAAAAUACGACGUUGCUCGUUCUGCAGGCUUGCAAUACCAAGAUGCUAAAGGAAAAUCAAGCACAGCAUUGAGCGAGGACGAAACAAAGUUUGAUGUCAUAUCGGACAUGGUUAGGCGCGAUUACCUACAACACCAGUAUAACUUCCUGUUCGGAAACAUAGAUGCCCGUGCUGUACUGAUACCAAAAGAGGGAGGAACAGAAAUUCCCCAGACUGUUGAUAGUCAUGAUGAUAAAAUUCCUGCACCUGACGACCUCCCAAUGAAUCUGACCGAUAAUCGGUAUCCUUCAACAGAUGUUGGUAAGGCUGUAGAAACUGCGGCGAUUCCUCAACCGGCCGAUUACAGCAUUGGGUCGCAUCGUCUGAAUGUUUCUACUACAAUGUCUCAACAGCAAGCAGUGGAGUACAACGCCGCUGUGGAAAGUAUAGCAGCGUCACAACAGCAGCACCUUAUCCCCACAACAGCUGAGCUUCAUAGCGACUCGAAUGACACCCGGGACGCCACUGUGUCCACUGUUGUAUAUCCAUGCAAUGUGUGCGGUCAGCAGUGCGAGUCGUUACCAUCGCUGGUGUACCACUUACGAGAGCAUACAGGAAGUACAGAGUUACGCUGUGAAAUCUGUGGUGAGACUUUCACAGUAGCGGAACAUUUGAUUAUACACUACCAGUCUCAUGCCGUUGAGCGUGCUAUGUUGCAGACAGAACAAUUGCAAAGUCCUGCUAACGGAGCAUUGCUGAAGGACAGUCAAAUCCCUGUAGAGGGCGCUGUGACUGAUGUCCACACUGCUCAUCAGGUGGCGCCACUAGAAGACGUAAGACCAAGUGAAUUGUUCCAUCACAUACCCACCACAGAACAGCUAGCGGACCCAUCAAACGUUCCAGUCACCGUGGCCCAUCAUCAUUCGGUCGAGGGGUACGCUCCUGGAUCUAUCAUCACACAAGGCGUUAGUGAUACACACGUUGGCGUCAUCAUGCGUCAGGAUUCAUCACAAGUCCAAGGUCACAGACAUAAUCAAGGUCAUGGUCAUGCUCAUGGGCAUGGUCAAGGUCACAAUGGGACUAAUAACACUAAAAAUGACCUUGAUCAUCAAAUACAGACUCACCAAUCAGAGAUGGCAGCAUCAAAUCAAGACUCAGAGAAUCAAAAAUCGUCUGACAGCGAGGAUGACGAUCUGGACGGAACAAUGGCCGACCACCAUCCUCUUGCUACCUCAACUCCCUCUCAUGCCCACAUUUCUCAUCCUUCUACCAUUGUAGAGAAUGCACACACACAGUCUGUCUCAUACACGAUGUCGGACAAACUGGCCGGGGAAGGUAUACCAAAGUUCAUAGAGACCGGCAAUAUUCUCAGCUCAUUUUCUGAGCUGGCGAGUCAGGUCAUGCAGAGAAAUCUUGGAAGGACACCGCUUCCGACUCCAGUUUUCCCAAGCACAAGCGGAUUCCAGAGCACAGGUCACGUGGAACCAGCCCCUUCACCGGCCACGUCUGUUAAACAAGAGUCUACCGUCCAAGUCACCCCCACUCGGAGCCCCGUGGCUGACAGUGCAGAUGAAUCACUGUCGCUGUCAAACGCGAAACCAUUCGUGUGUGAAAUUUGUCACAAACAGUUCAUGAACAAACGCAGUUUCUAUCGUCAUGUGCGGCUACACACGGGUGAACAGUUGUGUAAAUGUGAAAUCUGCGGGAAGGGAUUUACUGGUGUGUUUGGUUUACGUCGUCACAUGGUCGGCCACAGUGGAGACAAACCGCACAAGUGUGAAUUCUGCGGGAAGGGUUUCAUAGAAAAGCAACAUCUCGAAUCUCAUAGACGUAUACACACAGGUGAGAAACCGUUCAAGUGUGAUUUUUGUGGGAAGCGUUUUACCCAGUAUGGAACUCUACACAGGCAUAAACGUACUCACACUAAGGAGAAACCGUACGGCUGCCCACACUGCCCGAAACGAUUCGGAGAAAAUCGGCAGCUUACACAUCAUCUAAAGGUCCACAGCCCGGGAGGGCAGCUGGUAAAGGAGGAAGACGAGAGCGGCAAUGACGGAGCAGACACUAAAUAGAUACAUCUCUUGGCUCGGGGUCUUGGGUUUUCAAAGCUUUGUCACCUAAAUGAUGACGGAGCAGACACUAAAUAGAUACAUUUCCGGGGCUCGGGGUCCUGGCUUUUCAAAGCUUUCUCACCUAAAUGAUGACGGAGCAGACACUAAAUAGAUACAUUUACGGGGCUCGUGGUCCUGGCUUAUCAAAGCUUUGGUUCCUUAAUGAUGAACUAACACAAUUUUAUCCUCUGGAAUUCUUUUAUAUUUUGGAUCAUACCAAACAGUGGAUGGAUAUAUAGCUGAAUUUUCUUCAUAUUUCAUUAUGACUGCUGAUGCGGUCAUAUAUAAUUAGGGGAAAGUUCUUACGGAUGUAAGAGCAAAAAGAUUAUUUUCAAUAAUUUGGUUAUUUCUCAUUAAGGUAAUAGUUUGAACAGCCAGGCUUCAGGUUUAAGGGAAAUGUUUAAAUUUUAAUGUGAAGUGAAAAAAUACUUUAAAUAAAUUUAGAGACGAUGACCUUCAAGUUCAAAACUCUCCUGAUCAGAAAUUGACUUAAAAUUGACAAUGUCACCAGUUGCUUAAAGAAGGAAAUCAUUAUAUUUGAUUGCUUUCUCUGGUAAAUAGAAUAUGAAUAUUAAUUACUGUCUGUAGUCAAUCAUUUUGGAAUCUUUGAAAAGAUUGUUUGCUGUGAAGUAUUGCAGGGUUGUAAUUUGAAAAUAAUAAUACUUAAUAUAAAAUGUUAUAUGUAUUGUUUAAAGAUGAUUUUUUAAAAGUCUUCGAAACCUAGGACAUCUUUUUGAGACAUAUUUAUUCAUAAGUAAAUUAAUUAAAAUAAGCUAGCAUAAAUAAGACACAAGUAAUGCUAAGAACAGAACAUGCUGUAAAUUAUAAAAAAUAGUCAGAAAAGAAUACAUCAUAAAUUAGAAAAUUAUGAUAAUUUAGAGCAAAAACAAUUUAAUAUUUCCUCAGAUUUCUUUUCAUAUUUCAACUUUUCACAUUGUCUUGAAAGACAUCAAUUUUCAUACCGGUUAUUAGCUUUUACCAAAAAGGCAAUAAUGUAUAAAUGAUAAGAAUGUGUACAAGCUUUUGUAUUUAAAUUUUCUGUGUCCUCCAACAUUACAGGGAAAUAUAUAUUGUAAGAAUUUACCACCAUUUGGACAGCUGACCACUAAUGACCAGUAUUAGGCCAACCUUAAAAUAUUCAUUGACCGACGCUUUGAAGUUUGGGUCGGUAGGGAAUUAACAAAAAAAUCUCCACAAUAAGAAGCUAGAUGGUAAAUAAUGAAAUAAAAAGAUUCAAGGUAUUAAUGAAAACAUUACUUCAUUAACUUCUUUCA